AUUUCAGUCCCGUCACCCUCUCCUUUUUCUGCUCCUCAGAGUCAACAGCUGCUGCAGUAGGAGCCAUACCCUUGGUUCCCCUAACUAGCACCUUCCCCUCCCACCCCUCACAGCGUGCUGGUAGCCCCUCCUCCCAGCACCUGCCCAAAGGUCAAAGGACAGGUAAGAGGUGGGAGAAGAGGGACAAAGGAAUGAGGGGAAGUGUAGGAGGAGGAUGGAGUGAGUCCUGAAAAUCAGCUGAACGGAGGGAGACCCGAGAACCUCCUGUUUCCUGGUCCCAGCCCUGGCCCUCCCUGGGCAGAACGGUCUGCCCAGAGACUUCAUCCCUUCGUUAAUAGAAGCCCUGGCCACAAGAGUAAACAAUUUCUUUCUUGUUUCACUUUUUUUUUUUUUUAAAGGGACUGCCUUAGAUACUGUGGAAUAUAGAAAAACAAAUGAAGAACUGAGGAGGGAGGAGCUGAGCUUUGAGCAUGGAGUGAUGGGGAAAUCAAACCAUACCAGAGUUUAUCUGUUUUCUGUUUCUGUUGUUAGGGGAGGCAGUACAAUUGGAGCCAGGAAGGCAGAACAUGGGGUCUCUGGGGGGAGAAAGUGUGUUCUCACAGUAGCUCCCUGAACUUGGCUAAGGAGACCCACAACUGUGUGCUGUUUCCUGGAGGGAGUGUGUUUUAGUGUUGCCAUCUGAGGGUGGGGUCAGGGCAAGAGGCUCCACUGGCUGCUGUCGGGCACUGCUGCUGGGGACCCCGCUGCCUAAUUGUGAAUUGGAAACUUGUUACACAGGCUGGUGAGUUGUAUUAUCCUGUAAUUUCCACAAGGUCCUCAGAGAUGGGUGCGCUUCAGGGGAAGAUGACAAGUGGCGCUGUUUUACCAUGAGGCUUCUCCUGUAAAGCAGGGGUGGGAGAGUCCCUUCAGGAGAGCCUACAGGUGUUGCUGAUUCAAGGCUGCCUGAAGAGUGGAAGCAUUACCCCGAGACCCAGGGCCUUAGGGAGGUUUGUGAGCUGCUAAUGAUGGUGCUUUCCUGCCCACAGUGUUAGGCAGUGUUUGAGAAAAGAGGGGCUUCACCUUCUCCAGAAUGGUAGUCAGUCUCCCUUGCCCACUUGGUGUGGGCUGACUGAAAUAGGUUAGCUUGGAGUGCAUUCCACUACAAGUAUUUCCUGGUGCGACCACUAGGGUGUGCUGUUUGCUGGAAUGCAGGUUUCAUCCCUGGCAGAUUUGUCUCAAGAUUCGAUGAACAGGACUUCAUUUUGGGAUAUCACCGGCAUUUUGGCAGUGAAAACUGCAGGCUGAAAGGAGGAGCACUGGAGCACAGAUCCUGGGGGAAUCCUGGAGGGCACAUCUCUCCCUGACUGCUGCUGGCCACUGCGAGGGCAAUGCCAGGAAACUGGUGAAGGCUUUCCUCUGCUUCCCCACCAUGGCUGACAGCAUUAAGUAUGAAGUGGCCUCUCAGCAUGAGGCGGAUGCCUCCCCUUUGGCUGAUGAGGCCAGCUCAGGGUCCGAGCAGGUAAAGCUGAAGACGGAGAUCUCGCUGCUUAAUGGUGUGUGCCUGAUCGUGGGAAACAUGAUUGGCUCGGGCAUCUUUGUCUCCCCCAAAGGUGUGCUCAUGUACAGUGCUUCUUUUGGCCUCUCCCUGGUCAUCUGGGCUGUUGGGGGCCUCUUCUCUGUCUUUGGGGCCCUCUGUUAUGCGGAACUGGGCACCACCAUUAAGAAAUCUGGGGCCAGCUAUGCCUACAUCCUGGAGGCCUUCGGGGAAUUCCUUGCCUUCAUCAGACUCUGGACCUCCCUGCUCAUCAUCGAGCCCACCAGUCAGGCCAUCAUUGCCAUCACCUUUGCCAACUACCUGGUGCAGCCCUUCUUCCCAAGCUGCUUUGCACCCUAUGCUGCCAGUCGCCUGCUGGCAGCUGCCUGCAUCUGUCUCUUAACCUUCAUUAACUGUGCCUAUGUCAGGUGGGGAACCCUGGUACAAGACAUUUUCACCUAUGCCAAAGUAUUGGCACUGAUCGCAGUCAUCAUUGCAGGCAUUGUUAGACUCGGCCAGGGAGCCUCAACGCAUUUUGAGGAUUCCUUUAAAGAUUCAUCAUUUGCAAUGGGUGACAUUGCUCUGGCACUGUACUCAGCUCUGUUCUCUUACUCGGGCUGGGACACCCUCAACUAUGUCACUGAAGAGAUCAAGAAUCCUGAGAGGAACCUGCCGCUCGCCAUUGGCAUUUCCAUGCCCAUUGUCACCAUCAUAUACAUCUUGACCAAUGUGGCCUAUUAUACGGUGCUAGACAUGAGGGACAUCUUGGCCAGUGAUGCUGUUGCUGUGACUUUUGCAGACCAGAUUUUUGGAAUAUUCAAUUGGACAAUUCCACUGGCAGUUGCAUUAUCCUGCUUUGGUGGCCUCAAUGCCUCCAUUGUAGCUGCUUCUAGGCUUUUCUUUGUGGGCUCAAGAGAAGGCCAUCUCCCUGAUGCCAUCUGUAUGAUCCAUGUUGAGCGAUUCACUCCAGUUCCUUCUCUGCUUUUCAAUGGUAUCAUGGCACUGAUCUACUUGUGUGUGGAGGAUAUCUUCCAGCUCAUUAACUACUACAGCUUCAGCUACUGGUUCUUUGUGGGGCUCUCUAUUGUGGGUCAGCUUUACCUGCGCUGGAAGGAGCCAGAUCGACCUCGUCCCCUCAAGCUCAGCCUUUUCUUCCCCAUUGUUUUCUGCCUCUGCACCAUCUUCCUGGUGGCUGUUCCGCUUUACAGUGACACCAUCAACUCCCUCAUCGGCAUAGCCAUCGCCCUCUCAGGCUUGCCCUUUUACUUCUUCGUCAUCAGAGUGCCAGAACACAAACGGCCUCUUUGCCUUCGAAGGAUUGUGGCAUCUACCACAAAGUACCUCCAGGUCCUGUGUAUGUCAGUUGCCGCAGAAAUGGAUUUGGAAGGUGAAGGAGAGCUGCCCAAACAAAGAGAUCCCAAGUCUAACUAAAUGUCAUCUGGAAUCCUGAGAUGUGGGAAGCAGGGGCUUUUUGUCUCCUACCGGUUGGACCUAAGGAAGUUAAAAAAGGAAAGCUCACUUCUUUGGAGGCAGCUGUCCAGAAGCCCAUUCAAGGCAGCUUCAACCUUUGAAAUUAUUUUUUGAGAGAUGAAAAGUAACUUAUUUGUUUUGCUACAUAUUGUUCCAGACUUUUUAAAAGGGAUGAUAAAGCAGACUGUGGUGGGAGUAUGUCGCAUGCUGGCUUGUUCUAGUAGCACCUCUGGGUGAACCUACCCACUCCUCUUUCCCUUUAAAAGGCCCACAAUGCUCUAAACUUGUCUCCUUUUGAGAGACAAAACUGUCACAGAUGCUGGACAAUAAAAGGGUUAUGUUUCUAAA